CUUCCAACUUUGUAGUAUCAAAUAUCAGUCAAACAUUGCCAUUAACAAAACAGAAAAUUCUCUGAAUUAAUUGUAGUUUCGAGUGCUUCAACAAUUCUCUAGCUACUCUUAGGUUAUACAUACAUUUGUUUCACCUGUCUCGGGAGAUUUGUUAAAUUUCAUCAAUUGGUUUCUGCUGGAACUAUAUGGAUCAGAAAAUGAAUGUAUAUAUCUGGGACAUGGAUGAAACCCUCAUAUUACUAAAGUCAUUGAUAAAUGGGACAUAUGCUGAGGCAUUCAAUGGAUCCAAGAAUGUACAGAGUGGUGUAGAAAUUGGGAAGAUGUGGGAGAAUCAUAUUCUUCAGAUAUGUGAUGAUCACUUCUUUUAUGAGCAGGUUGAAAACUGUAAUAUGCCAUAUUUAGAUGUCUUGAAACAAUAUGAUGAUGGUAAAGAUCUCGCUGAAUAUGAUUUCAAUAAAGAUGGCUUUGGUCCGCCAAGUGAUGAUCUUAAUAAAAAGAGAUUAGCAUACCGUCAUCGGGCUGUAGCACAGAAGUACAAAAAGGGGUUGCCCAGUAUUCUUGACCAAGACAUGAUUAAAUCGUGGAGCGAGCUUUAUGACGUCACUGAUAGUUAUACUGACAUGUGGUUCUCAGCAGCUAGGGCUUGCUUGGAACAGUGUGCAGUUGGGGAUCGAGAUUUAGCCUCCUCUACUGUUUCUACCAAUGAUGCAGGAGAUACUUUAAUCCAGCAUGUGAAUAUCUUGGUGACUUCAGGAUCAUUGAUACCCAGCUUAGUUAAAUGCUUGCUCUUUCGCCUGGGUGAUUUAUUCCCUAGCGAAAAUGUUUAUAGCUCAUGGGAAGUGGGCAAGCUCCAGUGCUUCUCAUGGAUAAAGGAGCGGUUCAAUGGUGCAAACGUGCAAUUUUGUGUUAUCGGAGAUGGAUGGGAAGAAUGUGAAGCAGCAGAAAGUAUGAGAUGGCCAUUUGUCAAAAUUGAUCCGCUGCCUAGCAGUUUUCAUCGGUUUCCAGGCUUAACACCAAAGGAUCUGGGCCACUACUUCUCCGUUGUGUAUGGUAAUGACGAAAAAGAUAACUAAUAUACUAGCUCCUUCUGGCAAUUGAUCAUGUUAAUAGGUAGCUUACUGAGAAACUUCAGUUCAUGCAUCAAUAGCUUUUUCACCAACAAAGUCACUUUGACAUAAACUGGUGAAGGCUCUUUAUAAAAAAAAGUCAUUUUUACAAUGAGAGAAUUCCUCUAAAUUAUGUCUGUAUAGUGAACUUCUCAAUGACUCCUUGCUUUUUUAGUCUGUUCUGUUAUGGCUCAACGGCUAAGAUGUAUAAUAUACGUAUAAUUCAUGUAUAAUCUAUGCAUAUCGGCUAGAAAAAGUAAA